AUUGAAACAUAUAUUACGAUUUUCAAGAUGAAAACCGUCAUCUUUACCAUCAUUGUUAUCUUUAUAAAUAUAUCUUUUGCGGAAAAUAUGACAAACCUAGCAAGAAAAUUGGAAAGAAGAAGAAGUUACUAUUUCAAAAAGAAUAAAGAUAACGAUGAUUAUACAGUAAUAAAUAGGGUUGCAUUUCCAGAUUCGAAUUUAACAGAACUGAAAUAUCCAGUCAUUAAAAAAGAAUCAGCGUAUCAGACUUACGAGAAGCUCACAGAAUUAGAACCAGAUUACAUCAGUACCAAGCUGGACCCCAAACUACUUCAAGCAUUUAUGGAAAAAGUGACAAAAUUUGCACAAACAUGUAUUGAAGAAACCAAAGCUUCAGGAGAUGAUGUCGCUCAGCUUAUGGCACAUACAAUUCCUGAUACCCAUGAAGGAAAAUGCAUGAUAUCUUGUGUUUAUAAAAAAUUCAAAAUUCAAAACGAAGAUGGAACUAUAAAUACAGAGGAAGCUAACAAAUUAAUGGAGAAAGUUAAAGACAACGAUGCAGAAUUAUAUGAAAAACUGAAUACUGUAUAUCAAACUUGUAACAAACCAUCUAUCGUGGUAGAAGAUCAUUGUUUGACAGCUGUUAAUUUAGCUUCAUGUGCUGUAGCUGAAGCUAAAAAGGUAUAAAAUCAAGACAACCCCAAUGAAGAAAAUGGCGAGAAUUAUAUUGCAUUAGAAGACGAAAGAGAAAAUAUGAAAAAUAAUGUUCUAAUAAUGAUGGACACAGAAACUGAUGAUUAUCAGGCAGUUGAAGAAAUUAGAAAUGUAGAAAAUUAA